AUGGCUUCUUUCGCUUCUUCUUCUUCUUCUUCUUCUUCAUUGCUCCGCUACUUUCUCCACGGCACCGUCGGCCCCUCCUCCGGCGACCCUCCGUUUCAAUUUCUCGAAGUCCGAUUGGGGAUGAUCUCCACCGAAGCUCCCUUCAGUGCUCCAAUGGCGAUGGCCAACGCCGUGUUCCCUCUCUCUCUCCGCCGAUUCUUCCAUCACCGCCCUCCCUUCCACUACCUGCUCUGGAUUCUGUCCUCCCUCGACCUCCCCCCCGCCGCCUCCCACGCCGUCGCUCGGAACAUCGCCGCCUUCGUGACCCACUUGACCCGCGGGAACGCCGAGGUCGACUUACGCGUCGUCGCCGUCGUCGAUUACAUUCAGAUCGCGGUUUCGGUGGGGCAGAGGCAGAGGCAGAGUCGGAGUUGGAACGCCGACGAGAGUAUGAUUCUCGAUGAAGUUCCGGCGCCGGAGCCGGCGCCGGAGUUUGUAGAAGAAGAAGGAGGAGGAGAAUUGGGAGAUUGCAGCAUUUGUUUUGAGGAACUAAAAAUUGACGGCCAUGGCGGAAACGGGAGCGGGACGAAGAAGAAUAAGGUGGUUAAGAUUGGGUGUGGUCAUGUGUACCACAAAUCCUGCAUCAUCACUUGGCUUACUAACAAAAAUUCAUGCCCAUUGUGUAGAAUGCCCAUUACUUUGAAGUUUUGA